AUGUCCUCCUCAUCCUCUUCAGCAUUGGAGAUGGAGAUCUUCCAGUACAUUGAUGCACAUCAAAGUGAUUUCAUCAAGGAUCUGAAGGAAUGGGUGGCUGUGGAAAGCGAUUCUGUUCAACCACACCUGAGGGAAGAAGUAAUGCAAAUGAUGACACUGGCAGCAGACAGACUUGCAACACUGGGAGCCACUGUUAAUUUAGUAAACUUGGGGUCACAUGAGCUGCCUGAUGGCCAAGUCCUCCCACUGCCUCCUGUGAUUCUUGGGGAACUGGGGAAGGAUCCACAAAAGCCCACUGUAUGUUUCUAUGGUCAUGUGGAUGUGCAGCCUGCCAAGAAGGAGGAUGGCUGGGACACUGACCCCUACACACUGACUGAAAUCAAUGGAAACCUCUAUGGGCGUGGAGCAACAGACAAUAAGGGACCAGUCCUAGCUUGGAUAAAUGCAGUGGAAGCAUUCAGAGCCUUGAAAUUAGCUAUGCCAGUGAACUUCAAAUUUGUAAUUGAAGGCAUGGAAGAAGCAGGAUCCUUGGGGCUAGAGAAGCUACUUGAGGAAGAAAACCAGAGGUUCUUCUCUGAUGUUGAUUAUAUUGUAAUUUCAGACAACCUGUGGCUCAGCAACAAGAAGCCUGCCCUCACCUAUGGGAGUCGGGGCAAUGCCUGCUUCUGUGUGGAGGUUGAAUGUGGCGGCAAGGACCUUCACUCUGGAACUUUUGGGGGCAUCAUUCACGAGCCGCUGCUGGACCUGAUAGCGCUGCUGGACAGCCUUGUGGAUUCCACAGGUCACAUUCAGAUCCCUGGAAUCUACGACAGUGUUGCUGCCCUGUCAGAGGAGGAAAGGAAGUUGUAUGAAUCGAUUGAAUUUGAUCUAGAGGAACAUACAAAAAACUGUGGUGUGAAAAAAUUCCUCUAUGGCACCAAGGAAGAAAUACUUCUGCACCUGUGGCGUUACCCCUCUCUCUCUAUUCAUGGCAUUGAAGGAGCUUUCCAUGAACCAGGCAUUAAAACAGUAAUUCCAGCAAAAGUAAUUGGCAAAUUCUCAAUCCGUCAGGUCCCCAACAUGGACCUUUCGGUUGUGAAGAAACAGGUGGUGGAACACUUGGAGGGUGUCUUUUCCAAGAGGAACAGUCCAAACAAACUGAAAGUGUCCAUGCCUUUGGGUGUAAAGCCCUGGCUUGCUGAUUUUAAUGAUCUACUAUAUAAAGCAGCAAGAAGGGCAGUAAAAACAGUUUUUGGAGAAGAUCCAGAUUUCACCCGUGAUGGCUCAACAAUUCCUGUUGCCAGAAUGUUUCAGACUGUAACACAGAAAAGUGUGAUGAUGCUUCCGAUUGGAGCGGCCGAUGCUGGGGAGCAUUCCCAGAACGAGAAAAUAAGCAGACAAAACUAUAUUGAAGGAACCAAGUUGUUUGCAGCUUUUUUCCUGGAGAUAUCAAAGCUACAUCAGAAUUUACAUGAAACUUCCCACACAGAGACUAUCAACUGACAGACCAUAUCAAGAAAAUCAGCAAAACAUUUUCUUAAAUUUUCUAACUUAAAUAAAACAUAUACAUCACAUAUUCAGUGGCUGUGAAUUGGUGGGGAAAAAAAUAAAUGCUGUGCUAUUUUCUGACAUUCUACUAAAUGGCAUGCAUUUGUUGUAUGGUUCAUCAAGUGCUUUUAUCCCUAAUGCUGUAAAAUAGGGUUAGGGAUAAUUAAUUCUUGCUGAAUGGAACACAUAUUUUAGUUUUAAA